AUGGCUUCCAAAUGUUGUGCCUCUCGACUGAGGUUCUCGAAUCUACUCAACACCCUAAGAAGCAGCCCUGGCCAUGAGAUACCCUCUCGAACAUCUCGACAGAGAAUGCAGACUCGAAGCAUUGCGCAGUCUGCCCAAAACCCUCAACAUGCCACACCUUGGGACGCCGCUCGAGCUGAAGCCAAGCAGAAGAAUCGAACUACAAUGUAUUAUGGCUUGAGUGUCGGCAUAACCCUAAUCGCCUUGUCCUAUGCUUCCGUACCCUUAUAUAAAAUGAUAUGCCAACAGACCGGCUGGUCCGGUCAGCCCGUCAAAGCCCACGAUUCCGACGGAGAUCCCGCCCUGAGACUGAAGCCGGUCGAAGGCCACCGACGCCUGCGUAUUACCUUCAACGGCUCGGUUUCCGACAUCCUCCCCUGGAAAUUCACGCCGCAGCAACGCGAGGUUCGUGUGCUACCGGGUGAAACAGCAUUGGCAUUUUAUACCGCCACCAACAAAAGCGACGCAGAUAUCAUUGGGGUGGCCACAUAUUCGGUGACACCGGCACAGGUGGCGCCCUACUUCAGCAAGAUCCAGUGUUUUUGUUUUGAAGAGCAGCGUCUGAACGCCGGCGAGACGGUCGACAUGCCAGUCUUCUUCUUCAUCGACCCGGAAUUCAUCAAGGAUCCGACCAUGAAAGGCAUCGACACCAUUACGUUGAGUUAUACCUUUUUCAAGGCAAAAUAUGAUAAGAAUGGGGUUUUGACCACAGUACCGAUGGCCAUGGCAGCGGCAUGA